GGUAGGUACCUAAGUCUGGCCGAAUAAUUGCCACUGCGAUAUGAACUUAGGUAAGAUAUGUACCUAAGGUAGGCUUUUAGACGUACUUUCUCAGGUACAUCGUCAUUCGUUACCUCCUACUCUACCUACCUAUCUAGCCUCCAUUAAGUACGGAAACAUACUUGCAAACAUACAAAAAAUCACUUCGCAUUUACGUCCCUAGGUAAGGCAAUAUGCCUGCUUAUUCCCUUUUUUCUAGAAACAUCGUAAUGUCCUAACUUCCACCUUAGGUAAUCGCAUACUUUGUAUUAUAUCGCAUAUCUCAUAUCCGUUAGCACGCGAUUUGAUUGCAUCAAUUAUCACCACCUUGUAGCAUCCAAUUUUUCUUUUCAACCGCUGUCGACCUACCAUACCACGCGCGACGACACCGUAAUCUCAUGGUCUAAACUUAAGAAAAGAGCCCUCUGGGCGAGAGUUGCAAUUUACCUAUCACCGACUGGUCUUGGUUUCGAGCCGAUAUUUCGUCGCCUACGAUGACGGAUUUCUUACCCGACCUUACCGAAUUCCCCAACGCCGCCCAGCGACGGAGGCAAUCCGUUACGAAACCUGACGCCAUGGCGGAAAACACUAUGCCGGGAGUUAAACCUGCGGUUAACGAUUCGAUCGAUCCUGAUACCUGUCGGAUUUGCCGAGGAGAGGGCACCACCGACGAGCCUCUCUUUUAUCCUUGUAAAUGCAGCGGCAGUAUCAAAUACGUACAUCAGGACUGCUUGAUGGAAUGGCUUUCACACUCGCAAAAGAAGCAUUGCGAGCUUUGCAAGACGCCAUUCCGCUUCACCAAGCUAUAUUCUCCGAAUAUGCCCAAGCGGCUACCCCUCUACAUCUUCGCCACCCAUAUGGCCAAAUAUCUCUUCCGUAACGUGCUUGUCUGGUUGAGAGCCAUCCUGGUCACUAGCGUCUGGUUAGGCUGGCUUCCCUAUCUCAUGCGUUCCGUCUGGUCCUUUCUAUUUUGGAUCAGCGAUGAGGGUUUCGGUCCUAGCCCGCCUAUCCUCGAUUCUCGGAAUGCCACUUCAAUAGGUCGAGGCGAUCUGUCUUCUCUUUCCGUUACGGGCACGACUACGUGCGCAUCCACACCCUUACUACCCGCUACGACCACCGCUGCGAGUAUUGGAGGUAUCAUCGACCAGAUUCCCGUGUCUAAUUUGCUGAGAGCCAUCUCGAGACCUUUGAACACAAGCCCUCCAACUUGGCUCACCACGAUAUUGGGCUUGUCUACUACCACAGACAAGUCAAUUUACGGAACUAAAGAUUUCCUGAACGUGACACAUAUCGAUCAGUUUUCUCUCUCGCCUGCCGCUUAUCGCCCCUCAUCUUUAUUGAGCGAAGUUGCCGUCCUCAAAAACUUCACGCGACACCCCGCCAUCAACCGGACCAUCAUCGCUGUUCUAGAGGGCCAGAUCAUAACUUUGCUAGUCAUCGUAUGUUUUAUCCUGAUUAUCCUAGUCCGAGAUUACGUGGUGCAGCAGCAACCUGAAAUAAACAUGCGCGCUGCUUUCGCCGCGGCGGAAAAUGAAGCCCCUCUACCACCCGGACCCGUGAACAAUCCAGCACCACGGCAAUUGGGCCCAGAUGACGACGAGGACAUGGACUCUGAUGACGACUCUACUGCAGAACGGGAUGGCCCGACAGCUGAAAAUUAUACCGAUGACUUGGGUCCUAAUCGAGCAGGUCAUCUGCAGGAUAUUGUCGAUAUACAGAACCCUCGCCAUAGACCUAUUGCCGAAUUCCAGCGGCGAGCGCCACUGUUUGAUACCAAUAGCAGACAGGAAGGUCAGGGAGAGGACCGCGGUCGUGCCGAGUCUAUUGCGCGCAAUGCAGGGCCCGCGGAGCAGAACAGCAAGUUCCAGGCUGGCCCGUCCGAGCAAAGAUUUGGCGAACGGACUCUCUCGGACAAUCUCGAUGGCGAGGGCAGUUCGCAGGGUACGGUGAAGGAGUAUCUACGGAUCUACAGAGAAGCCGGCGGAGACCAGGAAAGAAUCCUUCAAAUCAUUCGAGAGGAAGGACUGGAAGACCGUAUGCGAUACUGGAUCCGCGUAACACAAUCAAUGGCGACUGCUGGCAGGGCUGCUGACGGAAGUAGUCUCGAUCUGGGAAAUGGCAUUGGAGGCUCAAUUCUAACUCACCAGGAACGGCGCUCAAGCCGGUCCCCUACGAGGUCAGAUUCGCCCAGAGCUGAUGCGACUAGCAGCGAUAACUCGAGUUGGACGUGGGCGGAAAACGACGACGGCGAUGCCGUGGCGAACCAGAGUUCCCACGAUAAAGGAAAAAGCAAGGCCACUGAGACCUCUAGAAAUGGGAGCGAUUCCUGGACAGAUUCCUGGGCGUCUUGGGGAGGUGAAUUUGGCGAAAAUACUCCAUAUUUGCCUAAUGGUAACAGCAAUAGUGAAAAUGCGUCGUCUUCGGAUGUACCGCUCUUAACGAGACCAAGAGCUGUUUCUGACGGCCCUCAGGCCCCCAAACCUAUCAAUAGGCUUGCAAAUAAUAAUUGGUCAUUUUCCGAUCUACCUUCCGGCCCGUCGAAUGCUUCUCAUCACAAUGUGUCUGGCCACGGCAAUUCAGCCUUACGUUCUACACCAAUAUCUUCAGGUGUUGAUAGCGAUAUCAAUAGAACCGGGUUAUCACAACGAGGUAGACCUGUCGACAAUGGUACCGCUAUUGACCAAUCACAACAUUUUGAGCAAACACCUGUACCUCUCCAAGCAGGAUUGAACACGCCAGCGACUGUGGAAGACACGAUGGUUGAUGAAAUCAAUAUACAGGAUCCCGCGGGACAUGGCCACGCCGAGGACUCCGCUACCUUGGUCGAACCGGUUCAUGGUAACGAGCCCGCUGUCGUCGCGGCGAGACAAGCCGGCAGCAUUGUCGAUCGCGUAGCCGAUUUCAUGUGGGGCGACGUAGACGUUGGCCAUUUAGAUGAAAUUGAACCGGAAGAAGCUGUGGAUAUUUUUGGUGUGAAUCAGAAUGCGCCAUUCUUCGAAAACGAUCGUGGGAUUGAAGGAGAAGGCGAAGAUGAGAUUGAGAUGGCCCCAGAUGUUGUAGAAGCCGCCGUUGCUGCUGGUCUCGAUCCGGAAGCCGUCGAAGAUGCCGAAGAUUUCGAAGGAAUCAUGGAGUUAAUUGGUAUGCGCGGCCCGAUCGCAGGCCUAUUUCAAAACGCUAUCUUCUGCGCCUUUCUCGUAUCUAUUUCUAUCUUCAUGUGCAUUUUCGUUCCAUAUAACGUCGGUCGCGUAUCUGUCUGGGUCGUCGCGCAUCCGACUCGUCUGCUCAGAAUCGUUUUCGGCGCGUCCAAGUUCGUUCAAGACGUUGUCCUGCUGGCUGUCGGUUAUACCUCGACGAUUAUAUUCACCCUAGUCGAGGCAUUUACUGUACUUCUGAGAAUCGAACAGGGAAAGCAACUGAUACAUACCCUCAGAAUUGAUACUAGACACGUUGCCGUCAGCGCCUUAGAGCGGGUUCUCGCUAGUUUCAUGUCUGAGAUUCCGCUCAUCUCAGUUAGCGAGGUGCGCAACUUCUCCGCUGUCAGCCACGAGGCCCUCGUGAUGAUAAAAAGCGAGAUCCGUUACGCUCUCUCAUCUGUCGGACAUGUCAUUCUGUAUAUUUUCGGUGGCGACUACAUUGCCAAGUUGGCUACGGCCAAGUCUAUAAUCUCCAUCCUGGUGCCUGCAACAUUCCAAUUCCUGAAAGCUCUCCCCACCAUCGCCACGCAGCCAGGGUCAUGGAUGUUAAAUCUUAGUCUUUCUGAACCGUCAUCGUCUGCAAAUCCCGUUCUUGCUUAUUGGGACGCGAACGACAGGACAUGGGCUAUUCUUGCUGGAUAUGUCUCUCUGUCAGUCAUAGCCGGGUUCUAUCUCGCCAGAGGAAUGCCGUUUUCUACAGGGCAAGCCGCUCAAGAAUGGGAAGCAUCUAUGAUCGACCUCCUAAAUCAGGCCAGCGGCGUCAUGAAGGUGAUCUUGAUCAUCAGUAUAGAAAUGCUGAUAUUCCCAUUAUACUGCGGAUUGCUGUUAGACUUCGCGUUACUUCCCCUCUUCGAAGGCACAAGCAUCAGAUCUCGUCUUUUAUUUACCUAUAAUUAUCCGCUCACUUCCAUUUUCGUCCACUGGUUCGUCGGCACGGGGUACAUGUUUCAUUUCGCUCUCUUCGUUUCUAUGUGCCGUAAGAUCAUGCGAAAAGGCGUUCUAUACUUUAUCCGCGAUCCAGACGAUCCGGAGUUUCAUCCGGUGCGCGACGUUCUCGAGCGCAAUGUCACUACCCAGCUCCGCAAGAUACUCUUCUCGGCUUUCGUUUAUGGAGCGUUAGUCGUGGUUUGUCUCGGAGGUGUCGUGUGGGGCUUAUCCCUAACUUUGCCUAAUGUCCUUCCGAUCCAUUACUCUUCUAACGAGCCAGUCCUUGAAUUCCCUAUCGACCUGCUCUUUUAUAACUUCCUAAUGCCUCUCGCCGUCAAGUUCUUCAGGCCGAGCGACGGGCUUCACGCCAUGUAUACCUGGUGGUUCCGAAAGUGCGCCAGAGCCCUGCGGCUGACAUGGUUCCUCUUCGGCGAGCGCCGCAUAGAUGAGGAGGGUACGUUAGUACUGCCCGAAAGCUCGCCUUAUCGAAAACUUCCCUGGUGGUGUCGAAUCUUCCUCGAAGUCAAUGACGAAACUGAAGUGGUUCCGAAAACGUGGCAAGACACGUUCAAGGGAGGUAAGGCGAAACCUUCUUCGAAAAUACCCGCCGAGGAGAUGGGUAUUCACAACGAUAAGAAGGGGAAGCUUGUCAACUCGGGACAACUCAUCCCCGACGGCCGCUUUGUGAGAUCGCCAGCGUCUGAUCAGGUUAAAAUUCCAAAGGGCCAAUCGGUUUUCCUUGACGUAUCAGAAGAAGAUAGGAGGGAAGACGGCAAGCCAGAUCGCCCGGAUACAGACCUCUACUCGGGAACUCAUUACCAAUUUGUUUAUGUCCCUCCCUACUUUCGCGGUCGUAUCUUCCUGUUCAUCCUAUCCAUAUGGAUUUUCGCGGCUGUUACUGGAGUCGGCUUCACGAUUGUACCCCUCGUGUUUGGUCGGCGCAUGUUUAAGGUUCUUAUACCUUCUCACAUACGGACUAACGAUAUCUACGCGUUCAGCAUUGGAGUCUACAUUCUCGGCUCACUGGGCUACUUCGUCUUUCACAUACGGUCAAUGCUCAACAGACUAAGAAUUUUAACAUCAUCUGUGCUAGAUUCGAUGCUCGACCGUCAGACAAUCCAGCGCGCUAUCCAAUUCGCGACUCGCACGUCCCGGCUGUUAUAUACUUAUACAGUCCUACUUAUUGUGUUUCCCCUCCUUAUAACGCUGCUAGUAGAGCUCUACCUACUCAUGCCGCUGCAUACAUACAUGUAUCCAGCCGGAACAAACACUACGAGGCGGCUCGAGGGCUUGCGAGAGGGUCACACUAUCCGGGUUAUUCAAGCUUGGACUUUAGGUAUCCUAUACCUCAAACUCGGCUCCCGGGCUGUGACGCUGUACGGUGGCAGGCCGGCGCAUGCCGUACGCGCCGUUCUGCGUCGCGGCUGGCUAGAGCCCGAUAUUGGUGUCUUGACACGGGCGUUCGUCAUUCCCGGCGUCGUAGCAUCGUUGGCCAUGAUCGCGACGCCUCCGAUUAUGGCGUGGGUAGCCCUUCACCACAUCCUAGAUAUCAAUACGGAAGUGACUCAGGAAAUGCGAGUCUUAAUAUUCCGCCUCGCCUACCCAUCUACUGCACUCUUCUGGACAGGGCUCGUUUUGAUGCGGCGCAUGCUACGCGUAUUCGAAGGUUGGCAGGUUCGGAUCCGGGACGAGGCGUACCUUAUGGGGGAACGGCUUCACAAUUUCGGCGGCACUUCGUCUAAGGUAUCAAACUGGAGAGCCAGCGCGAGGCUUUGAAUGCUGCUUUUACGGCCAUAUAAAACGUAAAAUUAUAAGACUAGAAGAACUUACGCGUAUGAGUUGAUGGUAAUAGAUAUACACUGUCACAUUAAUUUUGCAUGGACCCCCUUUUUGUGAAAUUGCCUGUUGUAACCAUUGCUAUUAUCGUACCGAUGUAGGCAUUACUUAUUAUACAGGAUGCGGGAUGCGGGAUACGGGAUACGGAUACAGCCAUGUCUAACCUGGUAGUAUACCUAAGGUAUUGUUAAAAUUGGAGGUUCAGUAACACCCGAUAUGGAUCUCGAUGAACAGAAAUUUUACCUCCUGCAGAUCUAUGCUCCAUCCAUCUCUUCCAUCUAAAGUAGGCAGGUAGGUAACAUGCGCCAUUAUCAGGUAUCCCGAUGUCUUAGAAGAGGGUUGAGUAAGUAGGAUUCAGAAGACGGGAAGAAGAAAGUGGACAAAACACACGGGCAAGCUAUAUAGUUUUUAUUUAUGCCUCUGCAAGCAACUCAGGGAAGCAGUUUUGAAUAUCAGUAUCGGAC